GUGGUCGCUGGGAUAAAAGGGAGAGGUGGGACGCCCCGGCGGGCGCUCCGCGUUGCGUCCCUGCCUGCCGCGGCUCGGCUGUCGGUGGCACAGCGGGAGCGGGCGCUGAGCUGAGCGCUCCGCACGCCUCGGGGGGCCGGAGGAUACGGGAACGUCCACGGAACUCGUGUGAGAAGAGGGGCCGGCAUCGCUCCGAGGGUCCUGCGCGUGAAGUUGCUUUGCUGUUUGAAGGCGAGAGCUCGUGUGAGCGUACCGGGGAAGCCUGUGUCAGAGUACAGGGGAAGCAAAGCUCGGCUUCGGUCAGCAGCUUUUGGAGUGACAGGUCGGUAAUUUCGUAGAGAAAAUGAAGUUUGAAGCAGAUCUUGGCUUGCUUGUGUCUAUAAAGAGGGGAACAAACAGAAAUCCCCUCUGAGGCGGUAGGAGCGCUGCAUGGGAAGCCGGCCCAAGCUCAGGUGCCAGGCAGCACCCUGCCCAUAGCUCCUACACUUUCUGUCGUGUCUGGUCCUUACGUCUGCAUGCAGCAGGCCUGCUGCUCCUCUGGCACUGCUUCGGCACCAUUAACUUUCAUGGAGAGGGUUAGCAUUAAUGUGAGAAGUAAUCAGGAAACCUAUGUGUUCAGUGAGCCCCUCCAUCAGAGCUCCUCGCUCCUAUUCCUCCUCUCCUCAGUCCCGGCUGUGCCAGCUAUACUCAGGCUGCGUGGUACGUCACUGCACAAGUCCUCCCUGUCACACUGGUGUGACCACUUGUGUGCUGCGCACCAACCCGGUGAGUGGAGUGGCAGCCGGGUUGUUGUUGUGGGUUGUUUAUUAUUAGCUUUUUUUCCUUCCCCUGAAGAAAAAAAAAGGAAAAAAAAAGGCUGUAUUGGAUAACUCUUUCUCUUGGGUUGUGAAGAAAAUUUCUGAGGAUUUCGUGUAACGCUGCUCUGUUAACUGACUGUACCAAAAAUAACCAUUGAAGACCUCUGUGCUACCGAUGAAACAAGCGAGUAAGUUUUCUGUGUGCUCAGCUUUCCCUCGUUGCUAUGGAAAGCAAAAAAAGAAAAAGGUGGUUGUUGCAAAAGUCGUUAUCUUGUCCUGAAAUUCCUCUGUGCCUGAGGGAAUCCAUACCUACACGAGGUCUUCAAGCUGUCCGGUUUUGUUCCUGCUUUUUUUCCCCCCCUCUCCAAAAAGCCCCCAAAAUUCACACCACCUCGUUCGAGUGUUUGCUGUCGAAGUCAUUGCCAGCAGGAUCAGGACCUCGGUUGUUUUCCUUCAAGGCGGUUGGUAGUGGCUUGGAUGUGAUGUUACAGGGAGAUAAUAUUAUCUGGAGCGUCCACAGCUCGCGUCCACUGUCUCAGUACAAUCUCAGAAGGAAGCUCCACACUACACUGUCUGCAAAGAGAAAAUGUCUAACAAAGCAGAACUGCCUUUUGCUUUUACGUUCUUGUUUAUGUAUCUCUUGAAAGAACAGUUUAUACUCUGAGUGAGGCGCAGUUCUUUCGUGUUGAUUUCGUGUUCUCAGUUCCUUGUAUGACUGUGUUCAUUGCUGAGCUAUUGUGUCACUGAUUGAGAUGUUAUUGUAAUUAACAUUAAUUAUGCAAACUAGAUUGUUUUUCGAGGCUCUCCAACUCUGUAUUGAUACUGUCAACUUGUUUGUCUGUUAAACAAAAAUCCACACGUUUUCACCCUUCUCAGAGGAAAUAGAUCGAUCGGAUCCAAAUGAAUAUACACAAAACCACUGCAAAAUUAAGCUCCUUUAACUAAAACGCGUUAAAUCCUGAUAGAGGUGGUGAAUAUACUUGGAUCUGAAAUACCAAGGCAGGCUGAACAGGGGUAGUAGGAAAGGGGACUCAGUGCAGCCAUCUGGGAGGGUGUUCACCCUGCAACCUCCACUGUGUUCACUCCUAAUAGACAGUACUGGAUUAAUUGGGCCAGAUUCUGCAGCUCCUAAUUGAGCAAAACUCUCUCCAAAGCGUACUGGAGAUGCCUGCUUGGCUGUGGGCUGCUGAAUUGGUUCAAGAAAUAGACGAAAGCAGCAGAGCUUUCUUCAUUAAUUGCUUAGGACGUUUUGGAUUUUAGGCUUGGGUAUCUUCUUUAAUUUAUUUGGAUUUUAAAAGUGAUUGAGUUUUUUUUUUUAAAGAAAAACCUGCUUUAAAAAAGGGUGACUAAUAUUUACUUAUAAAAUAUUCCCCAUAGCAGAGGUAACACUUUAAAAUACAUUUUCAUGUGUUAAUUAUAGUGAUACUCACAAGAAUCUUUGUCUGAUUCUGAAUCACCCCAUUGAAACCCUCCUGAGCGAAAUCUCUCCCUAGAAAUCAUAAUAGUUGCAAUAUUUAUAUGUUAUGUUGUUGUAUACUCUCAGGGAGGAAAAAAAAGAAUGUGGGGUGGGGAGAAGAGUUUAAAUGAGAACUUGUCAUCACGACAUCAAAUCUGAAAACAUAGGCGGGCUGGCAGAUUAUUCCCUGCCUUAAAAAUGAAGUCUCUCUAAUUUCCCAUUUAAAUAGCAAAAUUGGGUUUGCAGUUUGCUUUGGGUAACGAAAAGGUUUUUUUCUGUUUCUCCUUUUGGUGCAGUGGUCCUCUGGAAAGUUAGAAACAGAGCCCUGCGGCUCAGCGAAGUCAAGGGUGUAUAAUUAUAUGGGAGGGCUCCCUAGCAUCAGUGAAUUAGCAUUAGCAGCUGAGUGAGUUUAAGCCGUAGAGAUGGUAUUCUGGAAAUCAAUAAAAUGCUGGUUUCUCUUUCUUAUUGCAGAUUCCACGCUAGAAGGGAAGGAUGCUGUUUGUUUGUCUGCUUCUUAUGUUGGCUUGCCAAACAGUAGUUGACUUGGAAAGACAGGUUUUUUUUUGGGUCAGGGGUUAAGUUGCACAUAUCUAUUUAUUUUAAACAUCUCCUUUAAAUUUUGUUUCAUUGGACGAUCUUCUAGAAAUCACACUAACAUCCUGGCCUGCAAGAACCUUCAAGUGUGUCUGUUUGCCAGCAGAAGCGAGAGUGAAGGUCACUUAUUAUGACAUGCUAGUGUGACAGUGUUUGUUGUAGCUCAAAUACUACACGUUCCUUACAUUCCUGUUUCUGCUUUAAAUUAAAUUAACUCGAGGGUUUGGAGGGUUCUGGUGAAAAGCACUGUAACCCACAGCAGAAAUAAAAGAGAAAUAGCGACCUUAGCUGUUGUCAGAGAUGUGAGUCAGAAGGACUGAUAUUAAUCACUGUAAGAUCUGUAAUGUGCAUUGGCUUUUAUUUCUUUGUCUCAAAGCUUCUCCUGUUUUUAUACUAGGAGGACAAGCAACCCGAUCAUUCAUCACACUGAGCACUGAGAGAAAUGACAAAUUGGCACUCUCAUGCUGAGCACUAUGUAACAUGUAUGAUGCAUGUAGUUCUGAUGAUCUGUAUGAAACAUCUUAAUUGGGAGGAACAGCACUAAUUCAAGGGCUUUAUGGUGCUUUAUUUUUAAUACACUGAGGGCUCUGAGGGAGCCUGGGAAACCUGGGAUAGCAUGGGCAUUGAUGACCAUGGGCUUCAUGGACCUCAGAUGGUUCACACAGUGAGAAUCCUUCUUGUGGCAUGUGAGUGGUGUAUGUAUGGAGCUCAGGCAUGGCGAGGUGUACAAAGCAUGUUCUUGUAUGAACAGAUACCAUUCAAAAUGACAGAUGUAUGAUUCAGGCAACAGUAAAGGUCAGCAACUUGAAAAAUUAGUACUAUGCAUCAUACUGACAUUUCAGAGGGAAUUCUGAUGGGGCUGUGGUUCCAGCAAAUGCAAACUGGUGAGUCCGGCUGUACAGAUAAAAUAGACAGCCUUCUCCUUAUCUCUUCGCUCAUCCGAACCUUUUUACAGACAAACUGGCAAAAUUAUGUUUAUAGCAGAUCUCCCUGUGCUUCAUUGUUCCUGCUCAUCGCUAGUAAAAUAGAGCUGGUGAGGGCCGGCAUGGUGCUCCCAGUGCUCAGCUGUGGUUCAGAAAUGGCAUUCGGCUUUCUAAUGACUAUAAACAGGAAAAGUAUUUGCCUGAGUUGUGUUCUACAGCAUUUCCUAUCUUUGGCAUUUCUGUGGGUGUCCAGUUAAGGGCAGCUGAGGAACACAGAAAUGAAUAAAACAGGGAAGAAGAGGUCUCAUGUAAACCUGAACAGAACUUUCCCGGCUCCUACUAUGUGAAAUAGGGAUUCCAAGGAACACCAAAGGCACUGCUUUUUUGUAACCAUAAAACUGCAGUAGUAACAGUGGCACCAACGGAGUGGCUUCAAGAUAGAGAAGGAAAUACAGUUACUGUGCUGUCCUUAUGAAAGCUGUUAGUAAUGUGGUUGAAGCAUUAGUCCCGAGAACAAAGGUGUUGAGAUCUGGGAUUCUUCCUCUUUAAAAAUUAGCUUUCUAGAUUCAUACAAUUGCUGCAAGGGAAAAAUGUAACAGGUUGUUGGGUUAUCCAGGUUUGACGUUCUCAUUACAAACAUGCACAUCGUUUUCUGUUGACUUGACAUCAACGCGAAUAUCCGGAGUUAUUCUUCACCUCUGGUUAUCUUUUUUUAGUUUGUUUCAUUUCUUUUAAGUAUCUUUCCCUCAGCUGCUUUCCUUCUUUCUCCUGCUGAAUUCCUUUCCAAGUGUUUCUGAUUCUCUCUGCCUCUUUGUAGCCAUUUUCUUCCAGUUAUUCUUUCUAGUCUUCACUAUCAGAACUGCUGUUUGCAUAUAGCAUCGCAGUAGUGACUGAAUAACACUGCUCUGUGCAGACUAGUAAUAAACAGCAGUGGUCCCUUCCUUAAGAAGCUUGCAGUGGGAAUGUGAAAUGUGGGGGACUGGUAUGCAGCUCCUGUUUUUCAUGGCCCUCAUUUCAUGUUUUGGUGUGGAGGGCGGUUGCACCGCUGUCAUGCAGCGUUAUGUGCAUGUUGAGGUGUGGGACACCGGUGUGCUCUACACUGGGCAAGAAAGAGGUUGGCCACUGCUGACACUUAGUCCAAAAGAAAAACGUGAAGAGAGAGCCUGUUGGAGGUGUGACACGACUUGCUGCAGUUAUCCAAGAGUCAGGGAGAGAGCCAGGAAUAAUACCCAGGCAUCAUCACCUUCAGACACGUGUCCUGUGCUGUACCAAAGCAGGUUUUUUUGCCUUUACAGAGCUUGCUAUUUUUUUUCCCGUAGUUCUGCUUGUAUUUAUUUGGCUGUCUUCUCUGUUGUAGUCCUUUUUUCAUCCCUAAUACAUUAUAUAUAGUAGAUACACCUCCUAGAUAUACCUCCUAGACUGCAUGCCAGGGAUGUUAUUAAGCAUUGCUGGGUUUUCCCUUACCUCAUGCUGAAAUAUCUGGCCCUUGCCAAAGAAGUUGAGGUCAGAAUCAUGGCCCCUUGAGUAUCACACACCAAAAAAUAACGUAUGUGUUGAAGGUAGCCAAGUACCCUUUAAGAACAAACAAACAAGAUUAGUGAAGUUAAAAAAGGUAAUAGUUGGCUUGUGAUGCAAUACAAGAACUAAGCUAUAAAGCAAGGUAGGUUUCCUGUGAUGUAGAGGUAAAAGGUCCCUAUGAGAGGGACUGUACCCGUUAGUGAAGUUUGUGGUCAGAGCUGAAUCUCUAAGCCUGGUGGUGGUGGUUGUCUGAUAUCAAGAGCCAAACUGAGAGGUCACAGCUAGAUACACAAUGGGAAAGUGCUCCGUUGUGGAGCAUCCUUCCAGCAUUCUGCCAGAACUAGAAGGCUCCCCAACUGCCUCUGGUUUUUGAAUAUUUUGAUUUAUUUUACCUAUUUUCUGAUAUUUCAGAGCAAAUUGUAGGGAAAGGCAGUUUGUCUUUUCAGACUUGCAAAUUUCUGUGCCUUUCCUACCUUGGGAAGUUCGAAAGAAAAAAAAAUAUAUCUCUUGGGUAUAUUCCACUUCUUUCUCCCCCCGCAUUCAAAAUGACAUAAUCUUCCCUUGUUCAGAAUAAGAACUGUGAUAAUUCAUUUCCUUUGCUGUGAUAAUACAUUGCCCAAAUGUCCUGGUAGCAUAAUUUGAUUGUGUUGCUUGGACAGCUAUCAUAUCACUCCUAUAAAACAGCAGUGUUUGAAAUCUUAUAAUCCAAGAAAUCCAAACUGAAGUGCUUACAACAGUGACUAAUUGCAUGCUAGCGUGUAUUACUGUAUCUUCCUGAGUUAUGCCCCUCAUUGGCCAAGGCAGACUUGCAGAUGAGCUCUUAACAUGUAAUUUAACAAAAGAAUAGUGUUCUGAGUUUAAAUUGCUUGUUGCUUUUUUCCUUUUUUUUUUUUUUUUUUCCUUCUUUCCCCAGAUCAGGAUUCAGACCUCCCCAUUUGUUUUAUGGGAAAGCCACAGAGCUGGUUUCUUCCUAGAGCUGUUGCAGUAUGAAUGAGCAAAGCGUGCAGGUCUUCUUUCAGCAGCUGUAAAAGUAGCCCGCGCUCCUUAUCCAAGAAAAGUUAAGAAUCUUUUUCUGCUUUUUUUUAAUCUCUUGUUUUUGGUUUUGUUCUGUUUUCAUUCCCUUUUCUUCUCUUCUUCCCCACCUGUACUCCAAUGCUAAGGGGCCUGGAACAACCACCCAGCCUAUUUUACAUCUUUCCAUCUGGGGACUGGGGAGAGGUCUGCAUUGAACUAGAAAUAUUCUCUCUAGCCCCUUUGGCUAUCAUCAGAUCAAAUUUCUUCAACCAGAGGAAAAAAUCCUGCUUGAACACUUUUUCUUUGCUUUAAUGAGGUAUUAGGGGAAAGUAUUUUGUUUAUGAAGAGGAAGUAGUAUAGGUGAAUGUACCUUUAGGAAAGGGUCACCACCGCAGGAGUGCUGUUAAGAAAAGCUGCCAGAUCUGUCACCAGAGGCUCCUGUGAAAUGAAGAUGUUUCUAUACCUUGCGUGUGCAUGUGUAUUUUUGAUGGUUAUGCUGGAUUUCUGCCAUGCCACAGUACUGAUUAGAAUAAUUUAUAAUAAAAAGGCGGUAUGGAUUUCAGGAAUAGAUAUUAUGAUAGGGGAAGGGGGGAAUUGGAGGCAGGGAGGCCAAAUCUGAUAUAGAUAGAUAGAUUUUUUUUUUUUCCUGUUCAGUGAACGUACCCUAAAACAUAGAUUUCAUUUUUGCUUUCUGUAGGAAGUUAGUACUGUCCUCAGGUAUGCUGCCAGAGAUGACUGCUAUGUGCUUGCCUAAAUACACAUUGCGUGCUUAUGCCUUACUGUUUACUUUGAGCAGGACUCAGGAUAUUCCAGGCACUUCCCAGAUGCAGAUGGAUAAUCUCUACUUCCAGUAUUCCACAAGUCAGAGGCAGGCCAGAAGAAGGUACAUAGGUGGGAAUUCUCAGAUUGCUGAGAUACAGAACAAGAUUGAAAGGAGCCAGGGCCCUUGAGAGGAAUAUGAGUGAGUGGCAAAUACGUGCAGAUGGAGUGAGAAGGAUACAUUCAAGGGGCUCCAUGAAAGAAGUGGGCACCAUGCAACUGAGUGUUCUGACUGCUGAGCUUUCAGUCCAGUCUGCCUUUAUCAGCCAGCUAGGCCUAGUAAAUUAGUGCAUUUUGCUCCCUGGUGUGUCUGGAAAGAAAAGAGAUCCUUUGCUUUGCUUCUGCAUCACAAGUCAAUCCCUGAUCAGUUCAGAGCUUCUGACAUCUGAUCCGUCCCUUGGACGCUUUCUCCUGCAUUUGUCAACAGAUGAUAUGAUGGAGUGGAGUUCCUUGGUCAUCUUCUGCAUGGAGAAAUGCUGUGAAAAUGAGCAAGCAGUGGGUUGAGGUACGUGAGGUAAAUGUACAAAGUGAGACUAGACAAGGCCAGCAAGAAGUCUUUUGGGGGUUUUGUGCAUGUAUUCUUUUGGGCAGGAAGUGUUUGUUAUCCGAAAUUCAGUUUUUGCUGCUGUUAAGGCCCCUGAACAUGUCUGCUACACAAAACAGAAAACAAAAAGAAAAUGUUUUCUCUUCAGUUAUUCUGGCAUUGCUUAUGUGAUCGUAAAUCGUUCCUACUCCAUCUGGAAAGAUGGGAUGCAGAGCUCUUUUCUGAGGAGGUAUCUAAUGCAAAACCUGGUAGCAGCCAGCAAUUGGCAUGACAAAAGGGUUACAGCUAGUGGCUGGCACUCUUCCCAUCCAUCUUGCCACUGGAAACAUAAUGCUUUGCAGUGUGCUUGCUUGUUCUUCAGGCGCUGCUGUGCAAAGCCAGUCCCCGGGAUGUGUAACGGAGCAGUUGCAUGUCGUCUGCUUUUGUUUGUGGUGCCUCCUUAGUGGCACGAGAAUGGGAAGUGGGACUGAAUGCAGUGGACUGUUUUUCUUCAGUAGAGUGCAACGUGAAGUGGAUGAGAACAGUGGGGUACUUGUGGAGUGUCCUCUGGUGUGGGAAGAUGAGCAGCAAGGUGUCUAGCACAGGCAGUGAAGCAUCAAGUGUGGCAGGAGAGCUUGUUUUGUUUCUAACCUUGUAUGCCUUGUGAAGGACAAGGCAGAACUUAGAAGUAUGGAGUGCACUUGUUUUUUUGAUUUUAUAAAUACUGUAGAUUUUGUUCAUGUAAGCUGACUGCACUGUGUAUAUUCUGUCCUCCACUUGAUUUGCAAGAAGACCAAGGCCCUGGCUCAAUUAACUUAGUUUCAAGUGUUCCUGUGAUGCCAAGAUUAUAUCACCCACUUUUUUGUAGAUAGGUUUAUAACAUGGUGUCAGAAUAAGCAGUAGAAAGGAGAUCUCCUAAAUUGUUAUCUUUUUCUGCUGCUGAGUUUAGACAGGAACUGUGCUCAUCUUCCAGUAGUGCCCAGCUCUGAUGUGCCUUUCAAACCUUCACAUGGAAGCUGGAUGUCUUCUUGCUGAAGCUCCUUGAGGCCCUCCUGAAAUAAAUCAGAUGCAUUUCCAUGGGAUUGGAUAUGUAUUCAUGUCUUCCUUCUUUUGAAGGAAGGUUGGAGAUGAGAUAGAAGAGAGUCCAGGAUACUCUCUCCCUUGGGGCCUCGAGUGCUUUGAAUGAGUUGCUGUUUGGACCAGUUUGCAGUGCUGAGGUUGGUGCCUUUUUCUCCCUGGGAGCUGUAUGUACAGGAGGAGCCCUUCUGUGCACAUUCCCUGCUCUGCAUUUUAGGCAGUGUUUGCUCCUCCUUUCUGCAUGAUGAACCCGUGUCUCUUCUUAAUACCUCCUUUCUGCUUCUUUGUGGUGGAUGGAUGUAAGGCACAGCCCUGCUCCCAGUGUCUCUUAGCUGACUCUAGACAGUGACACACUGAAGUCAGUGUCUGUCCUGCUGAAGAGGGACUUCAUCUGUCUGCUUCCUCCCAAAGGACUUCAGGUAGAACGCUGUGGAGUUGGGGUGUGGAAUGGUGUCCUGGAAAUCCCAGCCUUCUAGAAGGAAGCACUGCUGCACACUAGCACUGUUUUGUACUUGGUAUCUUUGGAGGGCUUUUCUCUUACUGCGUCCCAAGCAUCCGCUUUUAUCUUUCCCCUGAUACAUUAUAUCCCACUGAAGACCCUUCAGGCAGAGAUACUUUGUUCCUUUCUUUAGCUUCGUGAUUGCUGUUUAUGCUAGAGUGUAAUAAACACAGUUAGCAUUUCUGGCUUGUUUCAGGGUGGGUACUUGAGUGUGAAAAAGAUUUGGAUACAUUAACUCUGUCUUUCCUAAGCAGAUAGUAUCUCAGACAGAGGUAAGACUUUUCCUGAUACAUGAGGGCUAUGGAAAGGCAAUAACACUCCCUGUGCUCUUGAAAACAUUACAGUAGCUUUGGUAGAGUUGGACAAACAGUAUGGGGGUAAUAAGGAUAAGAGGGUAAACUACAUUGUCUUUCUUUAAAGACUGGCUUCCAGAUCAUGCAGAGCAGAGUCAGAAGGUAAAGGCUGCUCUCAUUGCGCACUUCACCUGCAGUGUGUGUCCAGUUGCAGCAUGCUGAAUGUAUGCAGAUCUGGUGCUGGGCUCAAAAGCUGGGGAUUCCCAAGGCAAAAGAACUGGGUUUGCCUGUGUCCUUGCUCUCAGUAUGCUGAGCAAGUGCAUUUUUCCUCUGUAAUGUGCUCAGUGUCUUCCAGCCUGAGUCAGCUGUGUGUACUGCCACUUGCUUGAGAGACUGAAAAGCAGAAUCUCAUGGCCUGAAUUCCUCCUUAGGCUCUGUGCUUGAAGGCCAGGAGUCCGCUGGAAGGAAAUAAAAGAUACAGGGACGUGCAUGCAAUUUAGAGUGUGUAAUCUGGCUCCUCCUCUCCUGUGAUGUCAGCAUGCUAUAAGCAUGUUGGAAGCUAUUUGUUUGUUUGUUUGCUUGCUUGCUUUUUUGCUUUUUUUGGGUUUGUUUGUUUGUUUUCCUCCUUCCUUUAAAGUUUGGGACUUAUGUUGCAAUCUGGCAGAACUGGGUAAUGCUUUGUUACCUUUCAGCAGCAGUUGCAUCAGGUGUUGAUGCUUGAGCUCUGAAGGUGCUUUGCCGUGUUCCUAAUGCACUUGUCUGUGGAGGAACUGAGCCUUUGGGGGCUUGUUUAUGGACAUUAAGAGUCUGAUUUCUCUCUAUGUGUGCCCUGGUAAUCUCUGAUUACCAUCCUCUCCCCAUUUGGAAGAACUUGGGCUUGAUGAUAAUGAGAGAUGCAUCAGCUCAAGUAAUUUGUUUGAAGAUAUUAAGCUUUGUGCCUACUGAAGAAUGUUAUAUCCAAAGCUUUUGAGGAGUUCUGCCCAUGAUGCAGUGCCACUUAUGGAAUUUGUUUCAUCUAUAGGGCCAGAUUAAAUGGAGCUAUUAAAUGUAUGUUGCCGUUCCUUGCACAUCAAAAAGUGAAGUUCAGUGUCUGAGUUAUCAUGGGGCACUGCAAUGAGAUAAGGACUCAUCAUAGCGUUGCAAUAAAUAGCAAUGUCAUUAAAAGAAAAAAGGCUUUUUUUUUUUUUUUUUUUUUUUUUUUUUUUUUUUUUUUGGUCUAUAAAUGUAAUUGGAAAAGCCAGAAAUCUUGAGUGGAAAUUUUUAGUAUGCUGAGCAGAUUUCUGUGUGCAGGGGGUGUCUGAGACUUUGAUUGCUGCAUGAGCCACGUAGCUGUGGGAUAUGAUACCAGGUAAGCAAUGAUACCUGAUUUCUAGUCCUGGAAGGGAAAUGAGUGCCUUAUUAUUGGACAGCUUUAUGAGGAGUGGCACUCUUCAUUAGAAGGCAGCAGUGGACAAUGGAGCUGUAUUUGGCAGAUGUUGACUUUAAGCUGCGCAAGAAGGAUUUUUUGAUCAUUAGCCUUAAACUGAUUAUUUCCUACUAGUUUCGGGACUCAUUGUUUAAUUAACAACCAACCAAACAAAAAACCUCUGCUUUUUCUACCUCUACGUGAAAAGUGUCAGCUCAGUAAGCAGAUGUCGUUCUAUGAGUAAGGUGAAGCAAUAAUGCAAGAGGAGCAGUGAGGGGGAAAAACAGCUUCCUGUUCUGUGGUGUUUCUGAUUUGUUGUUUUUCUUCUUCUUAAUUACAUGAAGUUGGAGGAAUGAGCUGGUAGGAUAUGAGUAUUGCCAGCUGGUGAAUAAGAGCUGUGGUCAGGGGUGUCAUGCAAGCAUGAAGCUGUGGAGGACUGGGAUGUGUUGGAAGGAAAAACAAGAACAAUUCAGGCCAGCACAUGGCUUUCUCAGAUAGAAUGCAAAUGGAGGGAAUGUCUACAAAGCCAGUGCCCAAAGAUGGGAUUCUGUUCCUUGUUCGAGUUAAACCAAUACACAAACCAGUUCACUUGAUGUCCCCAUUACUUUGGACUGCUUACCUUUCCAGUUUUUCUAGCUUGUGAUUUGGGCAGAAUGAGCCAGUAGGGAAAAUGAUGAUCUAGAACUGGCUUGACUCGUCUCUGUCUCUUCCCAGAAAGCUCAGUUUCUUCUCUACCACCAAAACAGUGACUGGCUCUACUACUAUUGUUCAGAACACCUGAGACUCCACAGUGAAAUCAUCUGCCACUGCUUAGGAAAGGAAAAGCUUUCAAGCCUUUGCCAGCUCCUUCUGUGCUUCUCUACUCACUAUGGCUUUUCUACACCAUACACAUGGUGUAGCAGCUGCGGCUUGAAAUUCACUGGGGCUUUUCCCUCGCCCUGCGGUAUCUAACUGUAUCCAGCCCUGGCACCUUUACAAGCAUAGACAGCAGAGGCUGUGCGUGAGGCCAGCAUCGUGUGUGUGCCAAAUACACUGACGACAGCCAUGCUCUUGCUGUGCCUUCUUCUGAGGUGACCACAGAGCACAAAGUAGACUGGCCCGUUGGAAGCCGUGCUGCUCUCUUCUGGCUUGAGGCCUCGAUGCCUGCGAUAAUCUUGAGUAGAUACCAGGGAGUAGUGGGAAGAAAGCUUUUCCUUCUUGACAGAGUACCAAACACCUGAGGGAUUCCUGGGACAAGUUGAAUGGAGUUUUCUUACCCUAUGUGUUUGAGAGCGGGGUGUGGUACCAGGAGACUGGAUACUCAGUGCAGCAUUUAAUUUGAUUUUAUAACUCCCCUAUGGUGAGCUUGUGACAUGUGUUUCUGACUUAACCAAGAGCCACUGCAGGUGCAAAGCCCCUUCGUGUCCUUCCCUGUUUCUGGAAGUCCUGACAGGCUUCUGGCUAAACAGUCAACAAGUCCACAGGGUCACAUUGAUGUUUUGAUGCCUGUGGAAAGAAGUUGCCAGUAGGAGUCUUUUUCUGGCUUAUGUUGCUGACUGUCAAAAAACAAACAAACGAGCAAAACCUAAACUUUCUUGAACUGAAAAGCCACCGAGGCUGUGUACAGGCUGGAGGGUGCAGCAUGGCAGUGGGCUUUCCCUCAUGCUUUCAAAAGAGAUUUCCCUGACAUCAAGGUAGACUCCAGUCCUUCAUCAGAGCUGGCUGAAAUCAGAGGUCCAUAGCUGAGAUUUAAGGAUUGUCUUCUCUGGUUCUCUUCACUACCAGUUUUUCCUUCUCCACUUGGGGCAUUAGUAUAGACUUUGUGCUGUGUUCUCACCUAUUGGUAAGGGCCCCGUGCUUUUGUAUGCUGACUGCGUAUCGGUAGAUACAGCUGGUAUGCUCACUCUCCAAAAGGGUUUCUUUUGUCUUACUGGUAUUGCCAGAAGCCAUUGUCAAGUAUGUUCUGUCAGACUAAAUGAAAAGAAACCUCUGAGUCUCAAGAACUUGUGAAGAAGCCUGAGUAGGGAAAUAGUAUCUCUGGCAGCCUCUAGGCCCUCUGACACAAAGAUCACAGGAAUCCAUGUCUUCCAAGACUCUGGGGAACAGGGGCUGGAUUUCUUUUCUUGCACUGAAGUUUGCCUACCUCUGACAAGACGAAUAUUUUUUCAAAGUAAAAAAAUGCAAGUUGGCUUCAUUGGAAUAAGACAAAAAAGGAUAUGCUGAAAACCUGUAACCAAAUCGGCUUGAGCUUAUGAUUACUCUUGCAGUAAUUGGCUCUGAGCUGCUGUAACAUCCACAUGUUGUACUGAAGUGUUUUUUGCUUGCUCCUAGAUUUCUUUUCAGUUUUGUGCGUGCACAAAGAGGAGGGAAUAGCACCAGAUGACGAGGCAGGAAACACUCAUGCAUUUCAGUGACUGAUGUUCAGUGCCUAGAGUUGGGAGUAAGCCACAUCUUAGACCAGGGGAAAAAAAAAGAUGAAGCUGCUGAAGUAGUUUAGUGUGUGGAAUGGAGCCUGGCAGGCGAGAGGCUGGCUGCAGCACUGCACGUCUUCCUGGACCAAGUGAGCAAUGCUGAGCUGGGGAGCUGAAGAGGCUGAAAUCCACUGUUGGUUCUGAGUCUGACAGAUUUGGUAACAGAGUUUUACCAGAGGAUCCAGUGGGAGAAGUGGAGAGGACUGAAAAGUCUCAGAAGACAUUCAGAAUGCUGCAUGUACUCAUGUGAGGAAUACUGCUUGGGAAGAGGAUAUUCCUCCAUUAGAAGGAUCAGGAGAUCAGCUGAGACCAUUUGAUACGGCGUUACAUAGAAGUGUAAAACUCAGUCAUGAGGUUUUCAUUUUUGAAUAGUUAGCAAACCUGGCAGUGGUGAUAUAAGCAGUUAGAAUUGUGAUUAACUGUGGUGCUUUUAAUUUUGUGGCUGAACCAAAAAUGGGGGUUGGCUUUAACUGAAACAUGAAAAAUCACAGUUUGCUGAACGUAGCAUGGGGUGGAUUCACCUGCAGAGGGAAAGGGAGUGCUUGUUCUCUGCUGCUCACUGGCAGCUAGAAUCUCUCCUAUGUGAUGGAGGUGUAAUUACAACUGUUGAGCUCCCGUAUUCAAAGCAGUGCUGAGCAUACUCUUGAAACAAUUAUUCAGACCAAAAACUUCCUGGCAUCUAUAACAGAUAAAACUGGAAGUCAUUCAGGGUGAGAAAUAGAGCUGUGUAAGUGCAGAGUGAGUGAAAACGAUUCCCUAAUGAAGAAGCAGUAAAAGAGCUAAAGAGCACAGCUAAACAAAGGUCAUACUGUGUAGACAGAAUGUAGAUAGAGGCUAAGCUUACUUAAAAUAUAUAGAGGCCAGUGCAGUAUAAAAUGAAGGUGGGCCAGCCCAUGGAGUAUUGUCAUGCAUAGAUAAUAGAUGCAUGCAUAUAUAGAGAGAGAAAUAAAUAAAAUGGAUGUAAGUAUGCAGUGAUACAUUCUGAAAGCCUGUCAUCAGAACAAAUUGCAAAGCACAGAAUGCACCCAGGUUCAAAAAGCUGUAGCUGGGAAAACAGAAUACCAAGAUCACCAUAGAAAUGGUGUUCCUUAGGAGUCGCUUUGUUUACAGCAACUCUUUAAAGCUCUGCAACACGCUGGCAAGCAAAUUCACAGAAAGUGAAUUUCUAACUAAGGUGUUCAGGCUAGGUGCAGUGAGAUUUCCAGCACACGGAUGCAGAAAGGAUUGGCGCCAGCCUUACCCAAGCAAAGGCUAGUCCCCCUCAGAUUCUCUUGCUGGGCCCAAGGUCAGCCCAUAUAGCAAAGCUCAUGUUGGUGUGUCUGUGUGAAGCUGCGUAGUACAGCUUUGGUGUGGAGCAAAGUGUCAAGAGCCUGUUUGGAAAUACUCUGCUAAUGCAGUUUUACAGAUGUAUUCUUUAAAAUCCAUGCUCAGUGCAUACAAGGAGGUUUAAGGAAGUUAUACAAGAUGGUGUGCGAGGCUUGCAUCAGCAGCUGUGAGUAUGAUCUGUACUGUGUCCCCCUUGUCCCCGAGACAUGAACCAAAUGUGAAAGCAUUAAAAAGAAGUGUUGCUGAAUCAAUGAAGCUGUCAACCAAAUGAUGAGGAUGUAGCUGCUGCUGUGAAGAAAUAAAUGCUAUUUUGAAUAAUAGUCUUUAUACAGAAGGUCUAAAUGAGGCCACCUUGAGAACUCUUUACCACAGUGUGGUUACAUGAAGAAGGUACAGAGAUGAGAAGACUUCCAAAAGAGGAAAUCAUGUCUAGACUUCAAAAUGCCAAUUCUCAAUUUUGGUAGUUAUAUCCUGUCUGGUAUCUUUGUGCCAAUAUGGAGGAGAAAUAAUUGACUGAAAGAGAGAAACAGCCAGUAGCAUAAGGAGAUGCCAUGCAUCAUUUCACAGUACGAGAUCUCAAAUAUUCAUAUGGAAAAUUAUCACCAACCCUUAAAAAUUGUUGCAGGUUAGGAAGCUGUUAUAUAUUUUAUUGUCUGAUAAAGUAUCAAUUUUGUACCACUUUCCGCAGGAAUGGGAAGCCUUGUGAAAGCAGUCUGAAAGGUCUUCACUAACUUGCAUGCUGCAGCUGAUGUGCUUCAGCACUUUGUUAAGGAUUAAAUGUUUUUGCUUUUUCCAUGUUUUGGCUAUACCGGGCUCUGGGAUGCAUUUGCUGGUUCCCAGCUUUGUUUUUUUUUUUUUCCCCAGAUAUCUUGAAGAGCUUAAAUAUAGCUAGAGCAUUGGACCCAAGGAGAAGAGAAGUUAAAUUCACUAACUUCACUAGUUCAAACCAAAUUUGCCCAGUUUUGCAUAUUUUGUGCAUGCUGUGGGGGAAGGGAGGUCUCAAACUCAGUAGUUCCCUAAACAAGAAGGAAAGCAAUCAUUGUUUGUGGUUAACUUACAGAGCAGCAUUAAUGGUCUCUAGAACCUCGUCAUACCGUUGGCUCAAUAGGAACUUGAGAAAGAGGAGUUCUGUGAGGAGAUGGGAUGAGGUGGAGUUACAAUUGUCAGGGGAACCAGUUGGUGUGCAUAUGAAGAUGCUUUUGUGAUGCACUCAUGGGAAGAAGGCAGAGGAGUGUGUACUUUGGUGACGAGGGGGUGAAAUGCCCAAGUGGAACCAAAAGUCUUCCGUGCACCAACUUCUUCACUCAGGUGAUGGUGAUCUGUGUGUGGAUCUGAAUACUAGAAGCUUCACUUGAAGUGCAAAUAAUUGAAUUCUGUGUUCCUCAAAUUCAAACAUGUAGUCCUUUUUUCCCAGCAGAAUUGGCAGGGUAAUUUGAAUCCAAAUGCAUCUUUACACUUGUUGAGACUAUUAUUUGUAAUGGAUGAAAGUUGUGCUUGAAAAUGGAACUCAAUACUGUCUCGCACCUUCUGUCUCUUCCCAUCUUUGCACACUUACUCACAAUCAGUUUGUCCCCUUACAGGGAAUGACAUAGAAGUACAAGUGUUAUUAAAGAAAAAGUCAGACCUCAUUGGAUUUAUUUUUUCCUUCAUGGGUUGAUAAUAUACUUUAGCAUAUUUCCAUGCAGCAAACUUGAGGUGUUUUACCUAACACUGACCUGAGGCUGAGUCUGAGAAGGGGAAGGUAACGUGGUUACUUUGAAAGCUUAUAGAGAGUAAAACGUAGCUAUUUCAUCUAUUGUGUCAAGUGUUCCAAUUUUCACCUCAGCCCUUUAAUUCACAGGUAUUUUUCUAAUUCUGUAAGCUUUUUUUUUUUUUUUAAGGGAUUUUAUUGAUAUCCCAAUCAUUCUUUUACUCUAUUGUGUUUUCCUGCCAUUUUUCUCUACACAGUGGUGGUUUUUACAAAGCAGAGAGUACUUUCUUUUUGCUUUGCUGUUUCAUGGAGGCAAGUGUUCCUUUUUUCUUGCUGUUUUACUUCUGGUAUCAGAGUGGAAAAUAAAAGUAAGUAUCCUGUCUCACAUCUGCAUGUGCCCACAAAUAGACACACGUACUCAAUCUCCCACAUGUGCACAUGCAGGCAGGCACACAAGGAGUUUGUUCUUGCUUGAGUACAGCCAAAAGAGGCCGGACACUGCUGUCUUCAGCUCAGUGGAAAUUGGCACCAGCCCAUCUCCAGCAAACAACGGCCUGACGUCAGCUCACGCAGUGGUGAUAGCAGUAUAACUUGAGAGAUUUUUCGGCUGGCCAGGCUGUUGAAAGGCUAUCAGUGGGUUUGAUAAUCUCUGGCUGCACUUGAGAGGAAUCACUGCAAAGGUGGGGGCAGGAACGGCUGGUUAAUGACAGAAAUAAUAGAGCAAUUCCUGAUAACUUUGCAGAAGUGGAGAGGUGGUUUUUAGGGCUCACGCUGAAGGAUAUUUGGAUUCCCAUCUUGGCAGCUGCAGUCAUUCUCCCCGUUGUUAUUUCCAGGUUCUGAAAUCCUGGCUACUUGAUAGCAUUCACGUUAGCACCGUAUUGGAAGUUGGAGAACACUUAAAGUGCUGUAUAACAGUCAGUCAAGCAGAUGAUGAAAUUUGACUUUUCUAUUGUGCUGAAUAAUGCACUUUCAUCAUGAUUUUCAUUCCUAAUGUUUGCUUUAUACGGUGUAGAUACAGCUCAAAGAACAGCCAGGUGUGAUACCAAGCUUUUCACUUGGUUCUGUAUAUUCCAUUUAUAUUAAUGGGAUAUAAGCACAUAAACUGUUGAUGCCCCAAAGCUUGUCCACAACACCCAGGAAAUGUUUACUUGAACGGUGUUUCAUUAUUCUUCAUUAUCAAAUUAGGCUGGAAUAAAGGCACCCUUUGGUGGUGCUGGGUUCAGAGAACAUCUCUAGGAAAGCAGCAGUUUUCCUGUAGUGCUCCAACUGUGUCGAUGGCAAAGUUAGCAAAGCUUCCAUGGCAUUUCUGAAGCAGGGUGGCUGUGACUUAAAUUUAAUAACAGAUGGUUCUCCUCGUAACCCGACAGUUGAAAGAGACUUCUCUAUUGUUCAGCACUCCCACUGAAAACACGUUUCCAUUAUGAACUUACAGUAUUCCUAUGCCAAAACCAACAGUUAAAAAUGAAUGGUUUGCUCUGGUAACAGGACAAAACAAACAUGAAAAUCACUGUGUUGUGUGACAGAAAAUUGGAGUAUUACAGUGAUGAAUUUGAUAACCCUACCAGAACAACUACUUGAUGGGUUAUUCUUGAAUUAAUGACACUUCUAAGCAAAUAUUUCAAAAAUAUAAAGAACAGCGCAUCAGAUUCUGCUUUGCUUCUUGUAGUGCUGCAAAGAUGGCAGGAAGUUCAUGUUCCAUCCAGGCCCUGUCGUGAGGGGUUUACAGACUUUGUGAAAUCUUGGAAGGGAAUGCGAAUAGCUGCCAAUAUUAACACUUGCUAGUGUACAAACUUUAUACUUGCUUUCAGGGUGUAUUUAAACUGGGUUAAUAGCAGAAGGUCUCAAAGUAAGGAGGGACAAGAACAAGGAGAGGAAAGAAAAAUGCAUUUUUUCCAGUCUGGUGUUUGUCCCAUUAAUAGCUUUUGACCAAAUGUGAUCAUUUUCAAUUUCUGUGGAACUAGGCAAAAAGAUAGGGAUUUAUGUGGGCCCUUAAUUCUCAGCAAACUCACAGAGAGCUGAAGCAAGCAUGGAACAGAUCUGCACAUCUCGCCAGAAGAGAGUGAUCCAAGUAGGACUGCUGAUCUUGCAGAAGGGAAGGAAAGGGUGAAUAGCAGCACUUUCAAAACCAGGAAGGUCCUGAUGUGCAGUGAGUCCGACUGUCCUGGAAGUCUGGUGUGGCUGCUUGACAUCCUGCUCCCAGAGGGGCUGGCAUGUGGCAGGGCCUGGCCAUUUGUCACUUCUGAGAAAAGCCCACAGCAGUUGUAGAGGACACCAGCAGCCAGCCUUCAGCCAGCUGGUGCUUGAGUGCUUGCAAAGCAUGAGGAUUGCCCCAUGCAAGCCUCACCUUGUCAGCGUGCAGGAAAAAGGCAGAGCUCCUGGAUUGCUCCUGCCAGGCAAUGCCAGGUCAUUCAGUAGCAUUAUGUGUGAGGCUUGUCACAACCCCCAGCAGAACUUCCCCUUAUAAAAACUAUACAGGCAGCUAGCAAAGACAGUUAAUCUCUAAGCUGCAGCCUCACUGGAGAUCUGUUGUGCCAUGAGGGGGAGGAGACAUGCAGUAGGAAAAUUACGGUAGUGUUUUUCUGUUCUUGUUUUUUUUUUUUUUUUUCUUCUCCAUCCUGUACUGUCUCUCAUCUUGUCCACCCAGCCUGCUGCUGCUCAAAGAAGGAGAUGAGCUGCUGGGAAAGGACUGUGUGUUUUGCCUCCUCCUCCCAGUGGGUGACUUGCAUUUGUUGCCCAUCUUAAGAGUUAGCCAGAGCUGCUCAUGCUAACCUUCUCCUAAACCACAGGUCAGAGAGGCACUGGAGCAUGUUUUCUCUUGCUAGGAACCUACUGAAUGGCCUUUUGUGUAGUCAGCCCUCCUCUGCUCUGUUCUGCAUGUAAUAAAGCUUCCUGGGUGUCUGUGGAGGCUAUGGUUCACUUUGUGUUGGGCGGUGUUUUAAAUCUAGCUUUAAUGUGGCCGGAGAUGCAAUAAUAUGGAAUCUUAACUGGCUAAAAAUCAAAAGCUAAAAAAAAAGCAAAAAAAAAAGCAAAAAAAAAAGCUUUAGUUUUAUGGAGAUAAGUUGAUCUGUUAUCAAGCUGUAAUUUUGGUACAGUUCAAUCAUGAGUCUUAAAAAGAAUUAUCCUUCCUCAAGGAUUCAGAAAAAUCCUGUGGUCAGCCCAUUCAAAGCGAUGUGGUAAGGCUACUUAAGAACUGAUGCUGGAUACUUCUUUUUGCACUCUCAUUAUUUUUGCAUCCAUGCUCAUUGAUAUUUUCAAGAUUUCUAUGAAACGAAACCAAAGGAGUGAAACUGAAGUUCUCAUUUAAUCAUUUGGCUCAAGUACCCACCAAAAAGCCACUUCAGAUCCUGUCUGAAUUUUGGUAUAGUUGCAGUAUGUGGUAACACUGCAUGCUCCCACCAUCGCAUCCUUCUAAAAGAGUUACAACUUUACUGAACAGUAAAGCACCAUCGUAAGGAUGGUCUCUUCCAUGCUUGAUAGCGGUGUUAGAUGGGAGCAGAGUGCUCAAGCAUCUCUGGGCAAGCCUGAAUGCUGGAGGGAGUGUUUCUUAACUGGUGUUUGCCUUGGGAGCUUUGCUGCUUUAGAAGGUAAGCGCUGCUCCUUGGCCUGUUCUGUGUCUGUUAGAGCGUGAACAUUACCAAGAUGAAUGAGGUGGAGGACAGUCCCCAGUAGCUGCUGGGGACUUCUUGUUCGUUCUAAGAUGCUCCUGCAAAGUGAAGGAGCAGAAUAACAACGCAGCAUCUCUGAUGGGCUCCAUCCAAACUCAAAAACCCAAACGCACUCCCCAGGUCUGGUUUUUCACCUUGGCUGGGUCCUCACAGCUUUCGGCACAAAGGUGGGCCCCCAGCCGGAGGAAAUCAGCAAGAGCAAAGAGGGAAGGAAGCCAUAGUGCUCCCAUCUGUUUCACAGUAUAGAGAUAACUACCAUAGCCUACUCCUUCCUUGGUUUUAUUAUUAUUAUUCCUCCCCAGUGGGCACAGUGCUUUAUGGAGCAUGUGAUGCCUUUGCAUCUGCUCCCUUUCUCAUGUCUCACUCAACAGAGGACUUGCUCUGAAGUUCUCUGUAGUCUUCUUCUCAGCCUGGAAAGGCUCUUCUUGUUUCACCCUUUCAAAGAUAUCAUCAAGCACAGGAAAUUUACUAUCUUUGUUGGCAGUGCCAUGAAAACUCAACAGAGAGGGAGAAGUCAAGAGAACCAAAGCAGGGACUGGGUAAACUCAUGGAAGUGGGCUCUCAUGGUCCUGUUCAAAGCAAAGUGGAGAUCUGGGAGCUGUUUUGACAAUCUGGUGAGAAAUGCAAAGCCCUCUGUUCAAUUGCAUGGUAGAACUGCUACUUGCCGAGGCCCCCUGGCUUUGCCCUUACGAAUACCUUAUUUUUUUUAUACCUGAUUAAAACAGUGUGGUUAAAAGUGAACAAAGAAAUUUUUUUAACUGACGAGUGUGUUUCAACGCUAAAAAACUGACUCAACUUUCUCAGCAAUACUAUAGCGUGUUGAGCUAAAGUGGCUGAAAACCUCCUUUAAUUACGCUGAAUUUAUUUCUUUUUGGUAGCAGUAACACUCGAGCAGUGGCACGGCAACAAAGACUGCUUUGAACGAGCAGUUCUGAGGGGUGCCAUCCCGCUCCCUUCCCCCAGCCCCAUCUCCCAGUUCCAGAUGAAGAAAACAAGUUGCUGCCUCUUCAAGAUUUUUCUUGUCCUUUCUGCUGGUGACAGGAGUAAGUGUUAGUAACAUCUGCUGGCCCGGGCUUGCUUCCUCCAGCAGCACUGGUCUCUGGCAGGGCUGCACAGAGCCAGGAGCCACAGGCAUGCUGUGCCAAGCACCAGUGUGGCUUGGCCAACCAAGGCUUCCAGCAGCACGGCGGCUGCAAUAGCAGCAGCACGGCUCAAUGUGACUGGCAGGGCUCUGCUUAUCUCCUGGCACUUUCUUAGGCCCUAACUCUCAAACGGCAGGGCUGGUGGUUUUGGUUUUUUUACUUCUCGUUGGUGUUUUCUUUUUUCUCUUUUUGAAUAAUGAAUGUUAUUUUAAACAAAACAGCCUGGGGGGAUAAGCAGCUCAACAUGUGGAUCUGAAAACAUUUUCUAUUAGCUUUAGCUUAGAAAGUUAGUAUAAGUGACAGAUGUUACAGAGAGCACUUUUCUUUUGCAGUCUAACUCCUCUCUGUGUUUCAGCAGUGUUUUGUGAGUCACUAGUGAUUUCUUUCUUUACCCUAUCAGGCUUCCUUGAUGGUGACAGUAACUGGGAAGGAAAGUAUAUCCCUAUACAUUUUAAGAGGGACGUAGCAUCUGUAAAACCACAAGAAAAUGAGGAGUCUGUGAAAGCUGAUGCAGGCCAUGCUUUAUUUAUUCUGCACUUGUCUGCUCCAGAAUUGGGUAGACUUCCCUUUGGGUGGAAGGAACAAAAUUCACUGUGUUUUGCUUUGCUUUUUUAGAGUAAGGCGUAAGUCUCUUAGCUGCCUCUUAAGACCGGUUGGUUGGUUACGUUUUACGGACUCACAGAAUGGCCUGGGUUGAAAAGGACCUCAAAGAUCAUCUCGUUUCAACCCCCCUGCUAUGUGCAGGGUCACCAUCCACCAGACCAGGCUGCCCAGAGCCACAUCCAGAUGAAAAAAUAAAAACAGAAAACCAACAAACUGAAGGGAGUUGUGGAGAUUCUGUUAAGUCACACAUGAAGUCGAUGUAAAAACUUGUGAGCAUCUAAGGGUAAAAUGUAUUUUGGACUUGUAGUAGUGAUCUUUGUGCUUGCUCUCAGGUUCUGUAGUGCCUGUGAUAUACAGAGGAAGAACAGGCAGCAAUGCUGUGCUGCAGAUUCAGUUCUGGGGGGAGAUGGGGAGAGUUCCUUUUCUUUUGUGUGUGAUUUCCUGAUGUGAGAACUUUUAAAGACUCUUGUAAUAGCUUGUCUGGAGAUUUUCUACUGUCUACAACAAGACACAGCCUGAAAUUAUAUUAUCCCGUAUUUAACUCAAAUCAGCCCUAUACAAUAAUGCAGUUGUUUCUUCCUUCUAAAUAUGCAGUGCGUGCAGGGAUGAUUCAGGAGUCUGCGUGUGGCUGCAGCAGAAAAGGACUUUCAUGGCUUGCUUUUGCUUUCUCUUCCUGUCCCCUCCAUUUUCAUAUGUGGCUGUUAGGCUGUUUCUGAUGGACUGCUCAUUGCAGAAUCAGUGGAAAGUGAAACCGUGGAGAGCGCUGGGACUUGUGUGAAUUCCCUUGGUUUUUGCACUGCAUGCCGUCACAGGCACUGUUCUUAAAACAAACAAAAGCCUCAGUGGACUGAGAAAUUAAAAAUGUCAAUCGAUAAAAAUGAAAAUCUGAACUGCCUAAUGCAGUUGCUUUGCACUGUUUUUAGGACUGACUCUAGGUACUUCUAAGUAGCUGAAAGUGAAAAGAUCAGAAAUCAAGUCGCUAAUACAGUUUGUCUUCAAAUGCUUCCUCUGGAUGUUUAAUAGUGCGUCCCUGAGGAAGUCCCACUCUUAAGCAGUGUGACUAUGAAAUCAUUUUGACUCUGCAGAGUAGGUAUCUGAGAGCUCUGGGGAUUUUCCUCACCUGACUCCCACGGCUUCCUUUCCAUGGUCUUCAUUGCAGUGACUGCAAAGUUGUUGUGAUCCACAUCCCUCAGAGUCGAUGCCAUCUCCAGUCGAAGCAAAUUUAGAGGGGGGGCAGGAGUUACCACUGCAGCAUGUACUCCACAGGCAUACAAACCCAAUCACGUUACUGGUCAAUUCUAAAGGAUCCUGUAAACAUUCUCCGGAGGGUUUUAGAGCUUCUCUACAAAUAAAUGCAGAAGCGUUCUGUGCUUUUCAGACAGCUUUUUCUAACCAUGAUGUGAACUACGCUCAUAAUAUAGCACAUUCAUAACACUAACAAAAGUAACUCAGCAGGUCCUACUUUUAAGAGUUAAUCACAAAAGAUCCUAACGCACUUUGCAAACAAUGUGUGCUUGCAUGCAGGAACUGUUCCUCUCUCCUGGUACACAGCCUGGCACUGGAUGGAACACAGAAGCUGUCUGACAGCAGGAUAGCACAGGAGGCAUUGGGUCAGGAAGGGUGAGAAUCUAUGAGAUGCAGUGCCAAGCUGUGGAGAAUGUAAGGUAACCAAAAUGGAAACUGAUCAGGAUUUUUAAUAGCUGGCUGAUUGAGAUGUUUCACUGAUCUGCAAAAUGUUGGCUGGGUUUGUUUUCUUGGAGCAUGAAAACCUGCUUGUUCCUUCAUUAAACACUACUGAUUCCACAUGUGCUUGUAGGACAGUUCGUGAGCAAAGGUGUGGGGGUGUACAAGGUGCUGUGCCUUCACUUCUAGAUGGUAGUGCAGAAUCUGGUUUGAAAGUGGUGUUAUCUGUGUUGCAUGAGGGCAUCUUGUAUCUCCUUCGGCAUCUGUGUGGAGAGUUGUUAGACUGUGAGAUACCGUACUGCAUAUAUGCAGCUGGGUGACCAUAUAGCGGUUUCCCUAUGGGUAGGCAAGCCUUGGGAGAGGAGGGCAAUGCUGCUGCACCCCCACCAGUUCUGGUAUCUACAGCAAUUGGAUUCUUUCUUGGGGAUCUUUCCUUUGCCCAUUGACCCAACCUGACCCUGCUUGGCUUUGCAGGAGCUGCCUGGAUCACAGCUAACGGUGGAAUGUCUGUAGACAGAAAAGUGCAAAGUCUGACACUGAUCCUACCAAUGAGUAGGAAGGCGUGUACCUGCACUGUGUUCUUAAUGAGUGUUGAAGCCAAAACAUCCACGCAUUUCUCUUUUCAUCUAUUAUCAGUAAAGCAUAUUUAAGAGUCGUCUGCAAAGCUAACCCCUAUGAAAGAACAAAGACAAAAAGUAAAAACAAAAAGUUAAACAAUUUCCAAAGCCACCUCCUUAUUCGGGAUGGGCACGAACACUGUCAGAACACCCUCAUGCUUUUCUGACAGUAUCAUUCAACCUUAAAUUGAGGUGGCCUCAUUCUGAAGGGCUGCAAGGAGCUCAGUCUCUGAUUUUUUUCCUGCCAUGGUGAUUUUUAUGCUUUUAGCAAGACUGGAGGUGGGUGGGCAGAGGAUGUCUUUACAUAUUGGUUAUUUCACUUCUUACUUUUCCAUGUAAUUUCAGUCUGAUCCCUUGAGCUGCUACUCUGACAGUGAGUUUACAUUUGAGUUUUUUUAGUUUAUUAGGUUUUGCAUAACAGGUCAACUUUUUCCCUUAUUUGUCAUCAGACAAUGCUGAUGGUUUUAGUAGGGGUACGUUUUGGGUGCAAUUCAAGGCAUAACGUUGUCUUUUGUGUGUAAGUAGACAUGAGCACAGAAAUAUUUGUAGUGACAUUUGUUCCCAGCUGAAGUGAGUGUUCUUGAAGCGUUGGUUUUGUAGGAUUGUGUGUACCAAGAAAAUAAGAAAAGAGUACUCAAGAACACUUUGUGUUCCAGAAACUGGUCAAGAUCUGUUUGUCUCCUGGUUUCCUUAUUCAAGAAUUUUUCCAUUGCCUUUGUGUUUCCCAAGGCAAACCGGGCAAACUUCAGCAGUGGUUUAAAUGUGCUGGGGAUAGAAGUUAAGCGUAAAUGUCACCAAGUUGAGUAUCCAGGUGUGAUUUUAAAAGUGAAUGAAGCAAAACCAGACAAGCUUUGCUUUCAGGUUUGAAGACAUAUCAGAUGGUGAGGGAAAGCAAAAAGCAAGUCUGAUACUUCUGAUGCUGCUAAAGCAAGCACUGCUCAUGAAACCGCUGGCCAUUAAAACCUGCUUAUUAUUACUCCAAUGAGAUGAUGAUGUUUUGGGAAGUGAAUUGAACAGUUGUAGUGAAGCUCAGGCCCUGGAAAUCCAGCUCUCCCUGGCUGUAAUGGAGUCAAGAUCACUUACAGACCCUUUUAAAAGGGUUCAGGCUCAGUGUGUGGGGGGCGAUAGGUGUUUUCCUUCAUGCUGCUGGAGAUACGGGUGUGUGACUGUUGUCACUGCCCAGAGGCAGAGACUUGGGAUAAUUAAGGAGGAGCACAGACACCUAAAGAGAGAGAAUUACCAAUAGCUAGACGUGCAAAAUUAAAACAAACUGGUGAUUCUAGUUUCAGGUAGUGACUCUACUGGUUUCAUACAGCAGAGAGUGUACACAGGGAGUGUUACGUCGUAGUGCCAGCAGUAGCUUUCUUAGCACCACUCAGACAGCCGCAACUGAUUGAUUUUUGUUCCUCUAAUUUUGACUCCUUUUGAUCAGUGGGAAAAACAGGUCCCUCUAGGCCAAGGGACCAAACCCAGUAUCUGGCAGUCGCGUCUCAGGCCUGGUUCUCCCCAGACUACAUUGCGAGUGGUUGUACCAUGUGUGACUCAUGGCCUAAUUAAAUAGUCUUAAAAAGGACGCAAUUCCCCACAUUAGCCGCAUUUUUUUACGAAGCAUAUCCAAGUAUUUUCUGUCUCUUGGAAAGUCAGAUAAGUGGUGUUAAAUCGACAUCAGGUUGCCAAAACACAGCGCUGCCUGCCCCGCGCGUGCAGAAACAGGCUGUCCUGUGAGCAUGCUGGACGGCUGCCGAGGACGGCUGGCUCAGAAGGGGAGACUUCUCAGGCUUAUCAACAAGGGUGUGCAGCUAAGUGCUAACUGGGCCCUCACUUCUUGGAUCGAAAAACCAGUGCCAACAGAAAUACCUUUCCAAGCCGAGGCUCUCAAAUGAAACACCUAAUUUUGAUUGUCUUGGUACCUGAUGUUUUACAACCACAAACUGUUGUGAGGCUAUUGGUAAUGUGAGAGGCUUUAUCCCUCUGAAUUAUCAUCUUUGCAGAUGUGUUUCCUUUAAAUCUCUCCCGUGUUUUGCGUACUUCAGCUUUUCUCUGCUGCCCCAAAUUUGUCACUGCGCUAUGCUAAUGCAUUUUCUGGCUUUCAAAGCUGGCCUGCAUUGUUUUGUAUUUGGUGGUUUCUUUGGAGGGGAAUUCCUUUUUCAUUAAGACCUAAACUACCCAAUAGCAUAGGUGCUCUGCAGAUUAAUUUUCAAAAAAAUCCUCCAGAGCAGGCAUCUGCCUGGAAGAGCUGCUAAUUCCCAGGCUGCCAUAAAGGAGAGAAGGGCAGAGGCUGUGCAGGAUGGGGCAGUGGGACUCAGGUGACCCGAGUUCAGUGCCAAGCCCUUCAACAUUCCCAUUGCUGUAGAGCAUUUGCCAUACCCUUUACUCUAUUGAAUUCCUGAUGAUGGUAUUUCCUUACCCUAUCCCUCCAAUGUAUCUGUUUAACUUCUGUGGUUUGUAGCACAGAAUUGUGCAUGCAGAUGUGGAUGUAUGUGUGGAGCAGGACACAGAAAUCUCCCAGCUCAGGGGGAGGACAGCAGUCAGCAUCACCAUUCUGGAGCUGCUGCGAUCUUCCAUCCUGGGAGCUCCUGUAUUUGAGGCUGAUCAUCACUAGGUAACUCCUCAGUGUAGGAACAAGAAAUCCACUCUUCUCUGCAAGUUGUAUCAGCACAGACAUCCAGCUGGCACCCCCUUUCUAUUGAGGUUUUGGGGAUUUGCUGGCUGCAGAUGUAAAAACAUUUUGCUACUUCAGUUCUACCUUGACAGAUUUCCCUCUGAAAGCAGCGUAGUGCUGCAGCCGCAUCUGGCUAAGUGUGGCAUUGCCUAAUGUGCUUGCUGCUGUGAAGCCUCCUGGUUUUUGCCCAGAAAAGGCAAAAACCUCCCUAACAACAAUCUGCUGGAUCUGAUUUAUGGAUGCAGCAUGCUUUUUCUUUCUUCCUGCCACAUCCCUCUUACCUUUCUCGAGUAAGCAUACAGUAGGUGCUUUUUGCAAUUGGCGUUUCCCUCCCCUGCUCCCUCCCUAUCAAGCACACAUCACAUGAUAGCAGGCCUCACCCAGGCCCAAGUGACUGCCUAUCACAGCGUGUCGUCAGCUGGCACUGCUCCCAAUUCUCCAGAGCUGGCAACUGUCCUCUUUUCUUUGAUCUUCGAUAACGGGAACAGAUUAGCGUUGGGAGCAGCCAGAGCGCUGCUUUAUGGGGCUUUAUUCCUGUAUACCUCUGGUUUUCCACAAAUCUUGCCAAGUGAGUUUCCUGAUUGUGGGCUAUGUCAUUUGCUAUUCUCCCCUUCCCUGCCCCCACCCAUUUCCUGACAUCACUUUUAUUUUAAAUCCUUCUGUAGCAGUGGUCCAGUUCUGCUGGAGCACUCCACCCAGUACUUCCGAAUGCAGUAAAUCUUGCUGAUCGGGGGAUUUAUAUGGUAUACAGAGUUAGGAAAACUACAAAGCUUUGCAGUGCUUAGAAACAAACAAAAAUCUUCAUUUCUCUUCUGCAGUCUCCUGCAGUGACUCUUUUUUUUUUUAAAGCUCUGAUGUUAAGAAGCAGAUAAAACACAUUGCUUUUGUAGACUACCAUCGUCAUCUUCCGAUGUUAUGGACCAUGUUUAUUUGGACUCUGGCUGCCUUCAGGUGUAGGAGCUGGUCAUUCUGAGGCUGAAACUGUCCAAGGCAAAGGCAAGGUUUGUGCUCCUGGUGAUUAUGAUAAUCUCUUGGCAGUCUUGUUGGCAUACACCGUGCUCUCUCAGCUUUCCUAUCCGUAAAGAGAAAGCUGGAUUCCCUCUGGUGUUAGGACCAGCUACUUUUCUGCUGGAAAUCCCAAUAAACCAGUGAACUUGGAUUUCCUUAUUUCUCUGGCAUUUGAUUUUGUCCCUGUGCCUGCUGCUUCGAGUCACAGAAGUUAGGCACAGGCUGGGUUUUGUCUUUUGCUUCUCUGUUAAGCAUGGGAGAUGGGUGUAAAAGAACACGACAAAUUCUGAGUAUUCCCAGCAUAAAGUCAAAGUCUUUGCAACUGCGUAAGCAGGAGAGGGAUUGGAUGGAUUUUAGUCAAAUGUGUUUGUACCUGGUCUCAGCAUGCUCCUCUUAUUAAGAAAACUAAUCUAUAUAACAGUGGGCAAUUGAUGGAAUUUAUAGCCCAGUACUAUGUGCUACAGGUUUAACAGACGUUGUCCCGUAGGACACCUACAAUUUGCUGCCCUGAAACACUGCCUGAGAUCAAAGAGCCCUUUUGCCAUAUUGCCCACGAGCUAUGGAUGGUGACCAGGUGCUGCUGCAGCCCAGGGCAUGCUUGGUGCUUGUUCACGUGGGAGAGAGGAAGCUGAAGGGGUAACUUGUCUGUGAAAUGCUUUCAGGUCCUUCCAGCUCAGUUGUCUGAUAGAAAUGCAGCCAGCUUUUUGCCUACUUCUAUCUCCUUGCCUUUAGCCAUGGUUUAAUUUUUGCUUACCUUGUACCUGUCUACGGUUACCCGCCAUUGUAGCAUAGCCUCAGAAUUCUGGGUAGAACGUAUCUGGUGGGAGAUGUCUUGAGUGGAUUUAGCAAGCUUUGCUUCUUGCUGCAGGAGUGAUGCUUACUGGUGAGAGGAGGUGGAAAGCUUCAAGGAUACGGGUCCUGCAGAAGGGACCCUGCCUGUUUUUUGACAAGAGGCAUCACCAUUGGUUCUUCUAGAGGCCCAUCAUCAGGCAAAUGUACCUUUUCAUUUUGUCUUGCUGAGGCUUUUGCACUUUAUCUGUGUGUUUUCUCCCUCAUGCUAGGUUGAAUUGCAGCAAGGCAACUGAUCUGAAUUAUUUUUGUUAUUGUACUGUGGCAGAAAGCAACAGCCCACUGCAAGCAGAGCAUGUUUGCACGAUACCCUCACCGCCCUCAUCCUGCACACUGCGUUGUGGCUCUUGGGUUCCUUCCAGGGGAAAUUCCAGGCAUCGGCUGUUGGAGGGCCCGGUGUCACAAGCACACUGUCCUCAGUGGUCCUCCCCAAAAGUGGUGCACAGUGGGGAUAUUUCUGCUGUGAAACCUCAUUACACUUGCAAAUGAUACAGAUGUAAGAAGAGCGCUGAACUUUCUGGAGAAUAGGGUUAAGAUUCAAAACCUUGACAACUUUGAAAAGCCACCUGGGGGAAAUAAGAGGCAGUUUGGUAAAGGACAUGCACGAAGUUGUACUCUUAGUGAGAAGAACAGGCAGCCCAGAUACUGCGUGGGAGAUGGCUCUGCAGAAGGGGGCUGGAGCUGAUGGUGGCCCCAGGGCUGGCACAAGUCACCAGGCUUGUGCAGCUGUGAUAAAGACAAGCUGGGAUUUAUAAGCGAGGAGGGUGCAGAGAUCCUUCCACCCAGCACAGCUUGGUGAGGUCUCACCUGGGGCCUUGAACCAGUUUUUUUGCUUGCAGCCUUCAAAAACAGCAAAACAGCUCACACAGGCCAGGUUUGUUUGUUUUUAAAAGAAAAACAAAUCUAGAGGGAAAUGGCAUGAAGGACUGGUGAUUUGUCAGGCAUGAUUGUGAGGAGAAAAUGAAGGCACUGAGGUUGUUUCUUCUGUAAAAGAGAAAACUGAGGAGAUGGAUGGACAUGGUCACACCUGCAAAAUGUAGGAGGGAAUAAGAUGUUUAGCUUAUUCCUUGGGAAGGGGACUCUAUCUGUUGUCCAUGGUAGCCGAGUGCAUGGCGAUCCUGAUGACAAGCUUUCGCCAGAAAUCUGCAGGAGUGUCUCUCUUUUUAGCUAAUGUAUUUAUUUCUGUGGUUAUGUUCCCUCUUUCUCUUCCAUUUUGCAGCAGGCCAGCAUGAGAAGGGUGCAGUGCAAAGGGAGACCUAUGCUUCAUCCUGCAAGCCAGGGGAGUGGGCCAGCUGCAGAGCUGACCUGUGCCUUUGGUCAGCGAGUGUAGCAGCAGAGCUUGCCAGAGCUGAAAAGCAGGGGAUUAGUAUCCAGGUGUGGCUGCACGAAUGCUUGGUCAGAGGUAUGUUCUGACAGCAGGUGAGGAGAUUCUUGGCUCCUAGUUCAGGGAAGUUUAACAAUCAGACUUGGCUUGCACAAGAAGAUCAGUCAUUUUUCUCUGGAGGUUACCAGGGUGAGAGCAAGAACGCCGCUUUCGACUUGCUGCAGGACUUGGUGGCAGGAGCACACAGAAGCUCUCAGGAUAUGACAGAUGAGACAGAUGCAUCCUGACAGGCAGCCCUUCAGCACCAGCAGUCAAAAGGUGGUGGUUGCACUGCUGCAGGGGUUCGGCUCCAUGUUCUAGGGAGGCUGUCAUAGGGACAAGCUUGUUCUCCUCUGUCAUGCAGCAACUACUGCAGCAAAGCAAUAUUAGGAAGUAACGUUUUAGCUGUCUUCCACGUGAUUAGUCCUGCUUGAGGGAGGGGGAAGGGCCUCACAUUCUCUAUUAAUCAUUUCUUCUUCUCUCCUCCCAUCUGCUAAGUGAGUCUCUUGCUCUUGCAUACGCCACUAGUAUUUGAUCAUCUUAUUGCUAUCUUUCUCCCUCCCCCUCCUUGUCGGUUCUUUGUUGAGCCUCUACCCUAUUUGCUCCCAGCUUCUUGUAGAGAUGCUGCCUAAUGAAUCGAUUCACUCUCCUACCUCUCUUCCCUUUAAAAAAAAAAAAAAAGUGUGGAGGGGAACCCCUUAAACUGCCCAGUGCUUCAUUCUCUCUCCCCAUUCAUUAUGUGUUUUCCUGGUGGUCAGCACCUUCCAGCCAAAGUUGUGGAGCACGUGUGGGCAGUGCCUGGUUCCCUCUCCUCCCCUUCGUGCCCUCCCCUGAGGCUGCAGGCCUGACUCCUCGUCCACCUCCUUCUCUUCCAGCUGCUUUCACUAGCCUCCUAGCUCUUCUUGGCAUUGAGGAGCCCGGACAUCUGUAGAAGCAGCUGGAAGCAAGAUGGAGAGCCAAUAUCCUGCAGCUCACCAGAUCUCUUCAAACUUCAGCUCAGGAACCAGCAGCCUAAGACAGAGUAAUGCUUAAUUUGGUGUGUUUUUACACUGCUUAGUUUGCACUGCGCACUGUUUGUUUGUUUCUCACCAUUCCCCCCAAAAACUGCACCUUUAAUGAUGCAUGCCAUUUCAGAGCUAUAGCAAAUCAUUCUAGAAAUCUUGUUGCCAGUCAGUAAAAAUGAAUGUUCUUACACAAUAGUGAAAGAAGGCAAAGCUAAGCUUUGUUUCCACGUGGAUCUUCACCAUUACCUGCCAAUAUCAUUGGAUGGCUCAAAUGACAGAAUUUAAUCCCACAUUAACUGAAAUGGGGCCUCUCUCAAUCAGCAGCACCACACACUCAUAUUCCUGAGGGAGGAGCAGCAGUACUUUUGCUGGUUCCCCAUCACUUUGUUACCUGAUUCGCAUCAAAACCUUAAUGGGAAAGUGUCUCGGCGGUGUUGUGAAAGGUGAUAGUCCUCUUGCCCUGUAAACACUGAGAGCCAGUUAUGCGGAGCUUGGCAGGGCAGAGCUGCUUGCAGAAGAGAGCAAAAGAGGUCCAGGAUUCCUGCUACUGUUCACACAGAGGUGGGGAAGCUCACGGGUGUCAGGAGUUGCAGCAUGGCUUUUGGGAAAGGGCCCCCGAAGGGAAGAUUACCAGGUGCUCUGUACUUUCUGAACACAGUGGUUUCUGAACGUUAAGAAGCAUGUAAACUGUCUCCAGCUGAGGACACAGCGCUGCACCUCCCUCUGCACCAACACAGAAAAUGAGAAGAGAAAGAAAGAAAGAAAGAAAGAAAGAAAGAAAGAAAGAAAGAAAGAAAGAAAGAGAGAGAGAGAGAGAGAGAGAGAGAGAGAGAGAGAGAGAGAGAAAGAAAGAAAGAAAGAAAGAAAGAAAGAAAGAAAGAAAGAAAGAAAGAAAGAAAGAAAGAAAGAAAGAAAGAGAGAAAGAAAGAAAAAACACCAUCAGUAACUCUUGAAAAUCCUGAUCAUCAUGUGGCAUUCCUAGAAUGGCCUUACUAAUGGAACAGAAUGGGAGUAGCCUGUGAUUUUCUGACUCCAAGAUGCAACUGCUCUGGGAGAAAGACGAGGAAGGGAUCCAUAUUUGCAACAAGAAAAAGGUUUUAAUUACUUAGAGCAAAAACAUGUUCUGAAGAGUAAAGAUUUUAGACUUAAUGUGCAUGGAACAAAAGGCCGUUGUGUGCUAUGUACAAGAGUUGCUGAGAGUUUGUAUUCUGCCCUUCUUUUUUUUUUUUUCUGUGGGAGUUAUUUCCUGUUGUUGACUAGAGUUCUUUAUUUAGAACCACCUAGCUACUGAAUGAUGGCUAGCUCGCAAAGAGAAGUAUGAUUAAAACUUUCUAAGGCACAUUUCAACAUCUUCUCACUUGCAUUAAUUUGUGGUGGACCUUUGCUAGAUAUGAGUUCAAAACAACAAAUGCAUUUUCCACUCAUUAUCAGCCACGGCAGCUAACAAAAACAUGCUGGGGGGCUGAAGGCUUUCCCAUGAACAUCUCAUGGAAGAUGGUGUUUCAGUAACAAAUGUGGCUUGUUGUGGUUUGAAAACCAAAACAAAGCCACCGAACUCCUGGUCUCCUUCCUCCCUGCUAAGAGUAACGCAGCAGCAUUUUGAAGGGGCCACUCCUGAUGGAUCCCGCUGUUAGGGCAGGAGUGCAGCAAGCACUUGCACGUUCCCAGCUACUCUGAUGAGAAAGGGUUUCCUUUGCUGAGUGCUGCUAGAAAGAAGAGGUUUUUGGCUGCUGACCUGCAUGGGAACACCAUUUGUGUACAUUUGUCGAGUCGAAUUAUCAGCAUUUGACAUAUGUUUCACUUCUUCCUUUGCUCCCAUGCCAUGGGCUGAAGGUUCAGCUAAGGAAAGUGAGCAGAAGGACAGGUUGAAAAAGAAGUUUUAACCUAAAGGUUAACAAUACUGGGUUAUAAAUGUGAGUACGCAAGCAAAGUGGCUGAGGUUACUGGCUUUUUGUUUAGCAGGAAUCAUGCUAGGAAUGUCCCCUGGGUGUGGAUGGUUAGCAAAUGCCCUGGGGCAUGAGAUAGCAGAUGGAUAGUCACCCCUGCUGGGCCAGGCUGGGGAUCUCUUCCUGGGGUUUUGACUUCUGCUUGGCUCUUGCAAGGAGGGUGGUGCCUUCCAGGGAAACAAGGGGCUGCUCCUGCUUCUGCACACAGGUUAUGGGACAGGAGCGAUGGCUACUUGCAUCCUAACAGCAGUUCACAUCUUUCCUCCUGCAAAUAAAACUGAUGGAAGCUGGUUAGAAAAGCCGGGGCUCUGCAGGAAAGGGAACCUCGCUGAAGGAGAGGACUUUGGGAGCAUUCUGCCCAUCCCCUUGUGCUGGCUGGGAGAAGAAGUGGCUGUCUCAGCUGUUGUGGACUUCAGCGAGCAGUGUGGCCCGUGCAGCACCAGCUUUCCCAGCUCUCUGCCAUUCUGCCUACAGCAUAGCUUCUUUCUUCUUUCAAAUGCUGUCAGAUGCUGUGGGAGGAGAGAGAUGGGGUUAACCAGGCAGGAGAGCUGCCUCACCCCUCUCCCAGAGACAGUUUUGAGGAUGUUGGUUCUCUGAAGUCACUUUGGGAAGAGGGAGAGAGCAAGUGGGAGGUGUGAGAGGAUGAACAAGGUAGUGAUAAAUGGUGGAUCUUUGGCUUUCUUCUUUGUCCUGGUGACAUACCAGGAGAACUGGGUGGGGUUUGCAAGGCUUUAAUCUAUUUUUGCUUGCGAAUACAGAGUAGGUGUAAACCUCACUUAGCCUUUGGCUAAUGGUCACUAUAUGAAGAGCUUCCUUCAAAGUGAGGACGUAAAAAAAAGUUUGGAGAGAACAUAAAUGUAGCUGCACUGUUCUCUUUUUCUUUAAUAAGCUAACAUCCCUUCCUGCCCAUUACAGGGACAGUUUUAGGCAAGGCUGAGAAGUUCAGGCUUCACCCACAGUCUGUUUACAUGCACAUACAACGUGGGCUUUUGCUGACUCUUAAGUCGUGCUGGUAAGGGAACUGAGGGAAUGCAGAGAGAGCAGGUGAAUCAUUUCCACAGCCAUCGUCAGUACAAGCAUCCAAUGUGCCCAUUCCCUCUUCUUACAAAUCUGUUUUUUUUUUGCACGUGAUUAAUGGAUUCAUGCAUUCUGUGAAGGGUUAAAACAGAAAGAUUUGUGCAUUCAUUGCACUGACUCAAUGAGUUCAGUUCUAGAUGGUCUUCAUUUAUUCGUAGUGGAACAGAACGGCAGUGGGAGUUUAUGCUACAUUUGAUGUUCUUGUGAUAGUUGUUGGUUGGUUGGUUGUUUAUUUUUUUUUGCUGGCUCCUUGUUCUUCUCAUCUAAAUUUGGCUCUGCGGAUUCAACUGUUUUAUUGGGGUCUGGGGUUUUUCUAGAAGAAGUUGUGUAGGUCACUCACUGCCUAAAAUUAGACCCCUAGAAGGCUGUCUGUCUGAAAGGAGUUCAGAUUACAAUCGUCUGUGAAGAAUUUUGCACCAGGGAUAGUUGGAGGAAGGAUUUCUUGUUGCAAAUUUGGAUCACCCUGAAAAUCCCUGUGUCUCACUUGGUAAACAUUGCUGAAUCUAGUGGUUCUAUAAAGCCAAUUGGAAACAACGUGCCCAAGCCUUCCAAGUGGUGUAGGAGCUUAAUGUGCUGUACCGGUCCUGCCAGCAGAAGCUGCUAGAGAAUAGAUGCAUUUGAUUGGAAGUCAGUGUACUAACUUGUGUUUUCAUUUAGGUGAGGGCUGAAAUGUAUUUUUCUUUUUCUUUUUUUCCCUUGGGAAUGCAUCUGAGCACGAGCAUAUUAUUCUCCAGUGACGUGGUUUUAAGUGCUAUGUAAGGUUUGCAGCACUACAUCAUCCUACAUCAACACCGUAGCUACAGCACUAUUUAGAUUGUGCCAUCGCAGCCUCAGACACCCCAAUACUGCUGCACUGUUCUUCAGUGCCACACAUCUGAGCAGGAACCUCCACGUCUGUAAGCCUCCCAUCACCUGCUGGUGGCCCCGUUUGGUCUAUCGAUCCUUCGGCAUUUCAACAAGCUUGUGCAGUGCUAGAUGUAUUCCAGCGUGCCUAUGCAGACAGACUUCUUCCAGGUUUCAGGUGUUUUUAAGAAGACAGCAGGGUAUGUCUGCACUCCAGAAAUGCACAGCUCCAUGCAGAGCUCUGCUUCUGAAAAGGAGCUGCCGUGUGCUAAGCCAGGUUGGAGGAGCUGCUGUCCUGUGGGGAACGGGGAGCAGAGCGUCCAUCAGCGUAACAGACGUGGUGGCACCCUUUGUGCUAAUGAGGCACACGUAUGGCUCUCGUGUUUGACAGCCCUGUAUUGUGCAGGUUUCCAGGAUCAGGUUGGGAUUGUGCAGGAGACUAGUGGGUGGCCUAAGGCUUCUGGCUUGAUUUCAGUGACAUCUGUUUACAUCAGUGGUUAAUUAGGCCCGAAGACCGGCCAUCUCUCUGCAUUUUUCCCCCCUGCUUCCGUGCUGUUGUUGUUUUCCUUUAUUUGAAGUAUUCCCUCUUGGUUGUAAAACAGAGCCUUCAGUUCUAUCCGUGGAUUUUUUCUGUCUUAAUGUACUGGCCCCCAGUAUUAGAUGAGUAUCAGAGUAUCGACCUAGCCUCUCUUCAAAGAAGUAACUAAGUGUUCCAGAAGAGAAUGGCUUGUGCCUUGGAGAGAGGCUGCAGAGCGAGCACUGAAAGGAGAAAUAAAAAUGCAGCAUUUCGCAGCCCCAGAUUGUUUAAAACUCAACACAAUGUGAAGCACAGACCGCUGCAUCUCCAGGAGCGUGAGCGCAAAGCAGGGACUGACUGAGGAUCCCGUGUGCUGUACAGCUUUGGUGUGAACAGCGCGGCCUGGCUCCACAGUGAAGCACGUCUUGCCAGAGACGCAGCCCGAACGGAAUAUGGGAAAGAACAAGGAUGUCUGUGAGAGGGCAGAAAGAUGUGUGAGUACCCGGUGAUGGUAGGCAGGCACUGCACACUUUGUCAGGGGAUGGAGCUUUUCAGCUGGAGAGAUGAUGAUGCACACCAGCAGUCUCCGGAGCACUGGGAGUGCUCAGGGAAUUACAGAGGGAGGGAGUCAUCUCAGUGCACGAGGAAUGCAGCAAAACCUCCUCUGACUAAGCCAGCUAAUGCACGUUGCUUUUUUUUUUUUCCUUUCCUGAUAAUCCAGUUCCAUAAUAUUUCCUUAAUAAUUUAAUACAUGAAGAGUAGCAGCCCUUCUGCAAAGCGUUCAAAUCGUGAAGUCUCACUUUCAGACUAACCCUUGCCCCUCUUGUCCUUGAAAUGCUCUGGGGAUUUGUACCAGGUAUAACUACUUCAGUUAAGGUGUUGUUUGUUGCUUUUCUUUAAUUUCUGACUGAACUCACCUUGUGGCACAGCCCUUGGUCCUGCCAAGCCCCAGCUGUACAUUACAGACUCUAUGGGCCUAAUCCUGCACCACUUGCAGCCGCAAGCAGUUUUUGGGAACAGGCACUGGCAUUGAAAUCUGCAGCAAGUCUUAGAAUAAGCACACGGGGGAGGUUAGUUGUGCUCAGAACAUUGAUUCAUGAGCUCCAUGGUUUUUGCAUCUCCGUUCAUUUUACCUAAGUAAGACCAACUGCCCAAUUGGACAUGUAAUAUAUGAUACUGCAUUAGAACUAAGGCUGCAUUUGGUCACACUCAUUAAUUAAACUGAUUUCUCCUGUAGUUGAUGUUGUGUGGUUGUUUUUUUUUCCUAGAGAACUAACAGAGAAUGAUAAUUAAGCAUAUUAUGCAUUCUAGGGAUUGGUGUUUCUCCUCCUGCCACGGGAACAUUAGAGGAGAAAAACAGGAAACUAAAGCUGAAAAUCUUAAGAAGAAAUAAAAAAGAAAAAGCUAAAAUUGGAGUGAGAAGGGGGAGCAUUCCUUCCUUCUGUUUCAACUGAUUCCUCUGUGCCUCGGGACGUGCGUGGCAGCCUUGUUACAGUGGAUGAGUUGCACCAGCAGGAAAAAAAACAGAAGCCAACUGAAAUCUAAAGCAAAGCCACACAGCUUUCCACAGGUGCAGCUCAGCUCCCUGGUGAUGCGUGACUGCAGUAAUGCAGCACUCUAAUUUAUUUUCUUUAUUUUCUGAGAGGAUUGCUUUUAUUUGCAGCUGGCCCUUGCUUAAGAAAACCAUUAGUGCUUCAGUCUCGUGCUGCUGCUGAGCAUCUCUCCCUGCUGCUCCAGUGCUCUUGCUGCUGUUAUUGCCUGGCCAUGGCUCCCUCUAGAAGGCCACGAUUGACCCUGAGCUGGCCUCAGGGGGAUGUCUUGAGGCUUUGUGAUGGUUAAUGAUGUUUAAUUCACGCCUUCACUGUGGGCUUAGAAUCGUAGAAUCAUGCAAUGGCCUGGGUUGAAAAGGACCGCAAAGAUCAUUGAGUUUCAACCCCCCUGCUAUGUGCAGGGUCGCCAACCAGCAGACCAGGCUGCCCAGAGCCACAUCCAGCCUGGCCUCGCAUGCCUCCGGGGAUAGAGCAUCCACAACCUACGUGGGCAACCUGUUCCAGUGCGUCACCACCCUCUGAGUGGUUCCUCCCCGUGGGACCUGUAUUGCACAGUGGACGGCACUGCACCAGCGGGACAAGCACCCUUGGCUGUAGGCAAGCCCCUAGGUUAGCUUUUCCCAAGUUAUUGGUGCUGGUAGGGUCUUACUUUGCAAGAAGUUGUCUGCUGGGGGGCAGUGUUAGGUGCUUCUCUGUCACCCCCCGUGUGCACUAAUACCAAAGCAUCCAGGGAGGGAGUUAAGAUGCUUUGUUCGUACAAUUACCUGGUGAAACCCUCAUAGCAUUAAUAAGUGCUGCAAUUAGAAAGGCCAGGGAUGCAAUUAGAAACUGAGGAAACAGUUCACUGUGUCUUUCUUUUUUCUUUCCUUUUUUUUUUUUUUUUUUUAAAGCUUGAGGGAUGCUGACGUUGCAGUGUACCAAAGAUUGCCCGUUUCCUAAUUAGCACUCAUGUUGAUAGCCAGAGAUUACCUGGCCAUCUGUAAUAUUUCUAAUGAAUUGCCCUAGGAAGUCUGGUGUCUGUUAUCCCCUCCCAAUCUUUGAUUUGUCUGUUAAUUGAUUUAUGCUUAAUACAGGAUGGCUUUUGAAUGAUCUAAAGGAGACCCAGCCUCGUCCGGGCAGACUUUGGCUAUCAUUUCUCAGACAGCUCUGUGUUUGGGUUGUGCCUGUGGCCCAUGUCAGGUCAGAACCCAACAGAGAAACACAGUGUGGUUCCUUCUCUUGUAGUUUGUACCCUCUUGUGCGAGCAGCUCAAUGGCCUGCUCCUUGCAGGCACGGACGCUUUUCCCCCAGCUCCUGUGGUUUCUGGGAGCCUCUGCCAACUCACUUCCCUGCCCAGUGUUUCAUGGCUCAGGCACAGGCUGUUUCCACGCUCACUGACAUGUUUGGGCGAAUUGCUGGGCCUUGCAGACACCUCCUGGCCAGAUUGCUGCAGAGCUGAGCUUCCCAGCCAGAAAUGACUCCUGAAACCCCACUGCAGGCCAUGGGAGUUGCAAUCAGCAAUAGGAUUGUUUGCUGUGUGUUGUUUUACCUCAUCGUGGAGGAGGAUGCAGCAAAGCGUAGGCAGGAACUCCGCUCGGAUCGAUGUGUGUUGUGACCCAUGCUCAUCUGAGAGUGCUUCUGAGCGUAGAUGCAGGUUGUGCUCGUUGUGUUCGGAGGAAUGAUCUGAGUUACAGUGUGACUAUAAACUCCUGCCAAGAAAGGCCCAGGGGAGUUACAGUAGGAAACAGAAGGGGCGGUGAGUUUUCUCUUAGACUAGCGUAAAAUUGGAGCAACCUAGCAAAGUCACAAGUGCUCACAGCUCACACUUUGGUAAAGGCUUGGGCCUUUUGCUGCCAAGUAUUACACGGCAAGGCUGAGGCCUUGCAUGUCAGAGUGGAGCCCAGCUGCUUAUUUAGCGAAUGUUUGUGGUUAUGCCUAUAGUCCUGGUGAUAGCAUGCACACACCCAGGCACGGCGGCCGUAAGCCUGCUGUGGACUUUGAGCUCCAGAAGGCAGGCACUGCUGGGCUGGAUGCGUCCCCAGCACGGUUACAUGCAGCCAGAUCCCCCUGUGGUACACGUCCAGAGCAACCUCCGAAGCAAAUGGGGGAAGAUCUAUACAGCCCAUAUCAGAACUCACUGCCUCUGCUGGCUGCACGCAAGGGAGCGGGGAAACACGUAGCGCUGUAAUGAGUGAGCAAAGGGGUCAGGAUUUACAGGACUGUAACUACAGAAGGCUUAAUUCUGCUCUUAAAUAUGCCAGGGAGAGCUCAGAGCCAUCUCUGCAGUUGUCUCCCCCCACUCAGCAGCGUGAAGGGCGCAGGAUGUGACCCUGACAUUUGGCUUCAAAAAAACCCCAAACUGACGAACAUGUCAGACUGUUCUGGCUGGCUUUUGAAAAGGCUGCAGCUUGCUGGGCAGGUACCACUGGAGGAGUCCUAAAAAAAAAUGAGGCUUUUCCUUUCAUUUAGUGACUUUUGGUAACGCUGCCUAUAGUUUUGGAAGUCUUGCUUGUUGAAUUUCUGCACCUCUCUGCUGGGAGGUAUCCAGCCAGGGGAAAUCCUGCUUUUAAUGCCUGCUGAUCGAGUCGCUUACCAGGGGCACAACUCCGAGGAGAGAUAUAUGUUGGGGAAAGGAGGAAAGCGGAAGUUUGACGAGCAUGAAGAUGGGUUGGAAGGCAAAGUGGUGUCUCCUACUGACGGUCCCUCUAAGGUGUCGUACACCUUACAGCGUCAGACUAUCUUCAACAUUUCCCUUAUGAAACUUUAUAACCACAGGCCAUUAACCGAGCCAAGCUUGCAAAAGACAGUUUUAAUUAACAACAUGCUGAGGCGAAUCCAGGAAGAACUCAAACAAGAAGGCAGCUUGAGGCCCGUGUUCGUGACCGCGUCGCAGCCCGCCGACCCUCUCAGCGACAACUUCCGCGAGGCCCAGCCGGCCUUCAGCCACCUCGCCUCCCCGUCCCUGCUCCCCACUGACUUGGUAAGCACUACGCCCCUGGAGUCCUGCCUCACCCCGGCCUCUUUGCUCGAGGACGACACUUUUUGCACUUCCCCGACCGUCCAGCACGAUGGUCCGACGAAACUACCACCUCCUGCUCUCCAGCCAGUCAAGGACAGCUUCUCCUCAGCCUUGGAUGAAAUCGAGGAGCUCUGUCCCGCACCUACCUCCGCAGAGGCAGUAGCAGUAGCAGCCGAAUCAGCCGCCGGUGACUCUAAAGCCCACCCCUGCGAGUCCAGCGUUCCCAAGCCCGAGGGCGUCGCGGAGAGCAGAACGGCCGAAUCCAAACUCAUGGAGCCGCUCCCUGGCAACUUCGAGAUCACGACUUCCACAGGCUUCCUCACAGACUUGACCCUGGAUGACAUUCUGUUCGCUGACAUUGACACGUCCAUGUAUGAUUUUGACCCCUGCACGUCGGCCGCGGGGGCUGCCUCCAAAAUGGCGCCCGUCUCGGCAGACGAGCUCCUAAAGACGCUGGCGCCGUACAGCAGUCAGCCAGUAACUCCAAAUCAGCCUUUCAAAAUGGACCUCACAGAACUGGAUCACAUCAUGGAGGUGCUUGUCGGGUCUUAAAGGAUAGAAAUAGAGCAACUCUCUCUCUCUCUCUCCUUAUUUUUAUUUGUUUCAUUUUAAGUACCAGUAUAUACACCCGGUAGUAUUUCCAUCGUCCCUCCCACCCGAUUCACAGCACUGUGCAUGCGUCCUUGCUUGCCUUUUUGGAAGAGAAAAGGAUCACACUAGUUUUUGCUUCAAGCAGAGUCGGAGUGCCUUCAUCCAUGUACGACCACUUCUAAUGUAUUUUUUUCCAAGUGGUUCCUCAAGGAAGACCGAAUAUCCCGGUAUAGGAAAGAAUACGUAUUGUAGACAAUGUUAUGUUAUUACAAACAAAAAGAAAUUGUACGAGCUAAGCACAAGGAUUAUGUUGGGGAAAGCUGUAAAUUGCAUGUGCAUAUUUGUCUAUUUUUUCUAUAAGUUUUAUUGCGAGAGGUUAAAAAGAAAGAAUUAUUAUUUAGAUAAUCUCGAUACCAUUUUAGCCCUGUAGAGGUUGACUUAGCAAUUCAGCCUUUUGGAGGCAUUAACCCGCUCCUCUUUAAGUGUUGCAUUUACAUGGCUGUUCAGAAACUGCUGCCCAAAUUUAUUUUAUAUUUUUGUACAGAUUCUGCAGUUUAUGAUAUUGUUUUUUCUAAAAACAAAUGCUGUUUAUACACACGGAAAAAAAAAAAAUAGCUAUUUUGAUAGGAUUUGCUCACAUAGUUCCUGCAUAAUUCAGAUGUACAAGAACCACUUGUACUUUUAUACAGAGUUGUAACGUUUUAUAUGUGUAUGGUGCAAAGAGAAAAUUAGAUCAAAUAAGCCUGCGGUCGGUUUCCCUGAAUGCAAACAAAACAAACCAAGUGCUUUAAGAAAGGGCUGGCAGCUGCUUCUGCAGGAGCCUCGCCAGCGUCCGCUCCCUGCUGUACCCACUGCGCACUACUGUGAUCCCCGAAACUCAGAGCCAUGUCCUCCUCCGGCGCGUACACGGAGCGGUCGGCAGGAAACAGCUGUGGAACUUCACCCGGCGCUGCCGGCGCUGCUCCCCUUCGCCCCGCGGCUCCGGAGGGGACGGUGCCGCCGCUCCGUGCCAGCAGCCCCGGCAGCACCCGCGGGCCCUUUCUUGGAGCAUCUCUCCUUUCCUCGCCCCACCUCACUGUGCUAAGUGCUGAAAAAGGCAACUUCAGUAUUACUGCAGUGGAGCUCAUCUCUUACCUGCACUGGAUGGACUUGCUUUCGUAUCCAUUGCUGUUGAAACUGGAGCCAGUCGCGUUACGUCGCUCGGCAUCUCGUAUAGGGUUGGUUUCUCGUAUCGACUGCGUUACCCGCUUUACACUUUAUAGACCUGUUUUACAACAAAUAUACAGACACAGCUUUCUAUGCAUGGUCCCGCCCCCCCCGUAACACCUGACAAGUCUUCUCAUUACCGCGCCGAGAGCAUCUUUUGAGUUUGUCGUGGUGUACGUUUAAUUUAAAGACAAAACGUUUGCAAUGUAUCAUGCCUGUUGCUGAAGUCGCUGUGGCAUUUUAGUUUCCCGAUGGUACUUUUAGCUGUUGAGCGCCGGUUACAACCUAUAUUGUUGACAUGCCUAUGGCUUCUUUAGGAAUAACUUUUAUAUUUAUUUAAGAAAUUUUAAAUUAUGUUUUACGUCAUUUGGCAAUAUUCAGUCAGCUCUGCUCCCUUCUUGUCAUGGAUGAAAUUGGGUCUCGCUCGCCUCGGAAGGAGGCAGCUUCCUAUAAAUUGGCACUUUAAACCAGGCCAUCUGUAUUUAUUAGCGUAGGGAUAGGUAGGUAGAUAGAACGUAGAUCUGCACGCAGGCGGAGCGUAGAAGCAAACACGUUUUGCAAUGAAGGAACCCCUGAUGGAAACGAAAGGCGCUGCGUCCGAUCACCAACCGCUCCUGCAUUCCUCCGCCCUGCAGUGGGGCUGGGGGCAGCUGGCCUAAGGGAGGGGGGGGGGGUUGCUUUCCUUUAUUUCCAAACCAAACUCACUGAUGCUGAUGGAUCCAAUGGACUCGACACGUAGGUGAUCGUUUCCACCGCGAGCACUGACCAAGCACGGCACGGGGACCACGGCAGCAGCAGGGCCCUUGCUUGGCCACAGCCCCCCAUAGCAGCUCAGCCCCUCUCACAGGCAGAGAUGGGGAACGCAGCAGUGCCCUUCGCACAGACCUGGAGACGCACAGCACCAUCAGCCAUCUCACGCAGUAACUCGCCCCGUGCUCGCAUCACCGUGGUGAAAAACCAAUUGGGAGCGCGCUGGAGCUGCCCUUGUUUUUGGGGGGUUAUUUACACAGUCAAACAAAUACCAUAUGUCAGGCAGAAGUUCGCAUAGAUGCUAUUUUGGGAGCGCUGUGCCGUUGCUCAGGCGCAGCUCGCUGCAGUUUUGUGCUCACAGAAGAGGGGAUGAGCACCAAAUACACCUCCCCACGCACAAGGCAGCACCGCAGCCCGGGUCCCAACAAGCAGGAGCCCUAUGGCAGGCACGGAGAGUGACAUUAAUGUGCAAUGAAGUGACAAGAGGGGAGCAGAAUAAAAGAGCUUUGGAUUUGAAGUUAUUUUUUCUUUUUUUUUUUUUUUUUUGUAAAUUAUUUAUUCUUUUUUUUUUCUUCCUUCUGUAAAUAUAUUUAUUUUAUUGUGAAGCUAACAACAUCUGGAUUGUAACAUGUACAGAAUGUAUGGUAGGAAUGUAUUCUCUUGUAGGAAUGUAAAUCUGUAUGAACAAGGGUAUGGGAGCCAGAUUCAGAGCAAACCAAUUGAGUUCCAGGCAGGACAGGGAUGGGUCACAGGACGUUUUUUCCCCCUCCUCCCCCCCUCACUCUUUCUAAUAUGGGUCCGGUUGCUGGAAAUCUGCAUAAAAUCACUGUAAGAAUAAAUUUGGACCUCAGGAGAGGUAUUUUUUUUUAUUCCAUCCCCCCUCCCCUCCCUGCUGGGUUGUUUAACACCAAUGUGAUGAAGGCACGGGUGACUGUUACGGCAGUUACACAGAGUGAGCAGCCCUGGCCCAUUGGAGAGGCACUCCCUGCCGUGGCACACGGGGAGCUGGCACUGGGGCAGCUGCUUGGGUUCACUCCCUCCUUCCCCCCCCCCACCCGUCAGGUUUUGGUAUCCUGCUUCUGUGCAAGUUGCUUUCAGUGCUUCUGUUCAUUAACAAGACUGAACAUUUUUCAAUAAAUUCGGUUUCCGGGGUUUCUUUUUAAGCACUUUUCUUUUCCUGAACAUAAAAAUAAAAAUGAAAUAAAAGAAAAUAAGCCUAAUGCAAUUCUGGAUCCUCUUCCAAUACAAUCGCUGAUACAACUUCCUUCAACUCCGGCCUCCUGUAAUGCAUACAGGCGUCCGUAAAGGCCAAGGUUCUGGGAAAGGUGUAAAUAGUGUGACAUGUUCAGUGCAUGGGUGUUUGAACAGGGCUUGUUAGUGUCGAAAAAAAAGAAAAAAAAAAUAUAAGAAAAAAAAGGCUGUACUUCCCCUUCCCCCUCCCACAGACCUUAGAGCUGUGCCUUUUCUAUGCAAUAUUACAGACAUAUACAUCUGAAACCAGAUUACUGUAUUCACAUGUAGGUAUGGGCUGUAAUCAAAAACCAAUUGGACAAAUGUACAUGGAAAUGAGCAGUCUUACUUUUGUAGUUUUAUAUUAUACAAUAAACGAUUAAAACGAA